CACUUCACUGCACGGCUCACACAUGCAGUGUAUGUGUUGUGUUGUGUCACGUGAUUCACACUCACAUCCAAGUCAUACCAUUUCCAUUUGGUCCGCAAGACAUCACUUCCAGACACACCUCCAGACACACGUCCACUCACUCGCGUCCACACAAUGGCUGAGACGACAGGCGAUGGUGUGGUCGUCGGCGGCGGCGAAAGCGGUGACCAAAAAGUGAUCCUUUUUAGCGAAUUAAGGGAUGCGUUGAUCGGCGAUCAGCGAAGACCGCGACAAAACAUGUUUGUGCCCAUGAUAUUAGGCGGACAGCCCUUCAAGACUAAGGAGGAACUCAUGAUCGAAAAGGCGAUCGAGAGCUGUGCCUUCAAGUCUGGUCUGUCGUGUGUAAUGGGUUUCGGUUUGGGCGCCGCUAUCGGCCUCUUCUCGGCCAGUGUCGGUCCGGAAGCGCUUCAAACGGAACCGCAAACACAAAGCGUGAAACAGGUUUUUAAGGAGAUGAGAGUGAAGACCAUGUCUUACGCCAAGAACUUUGCCAUUUUGGGCGCUAUGUUUGCCGCCAUCGAGUGUACCAUUGAAUCGUAUAGGGGAAAGACUGAUUGGAAGAACGGAACGCUGGCCGGAGGGGUCACCGGAGGUCUCAUUGGCCUCAGAGCGGGAGUAAAGGGAGGAAUAUUAGGCGCCGCCGGUUUCGCCGCCUUCUCCACAAUCAUUGAUUAUUAUUUGCGUUAA